CAAACAGUAAAAAAAAUAGGCUAAAUAUACAUUUUCAUAUAUAGAUACAGGCACUUGUAUGUACGUGCCCAUCGCUCGAUAUUUCAAUCCUAAUUCAGUAAAUCUCCCAAUCGCCUUCUGAUUUCCAUUGAAUUUCUACUUAUUUUCUCUCUCCUCUCCCAUUCUACCAGUUUCUUUCUCUUUCUUUCUUCAAUUAGUGAAAACCCUAAUCUUGAAAAACCUCCUCUUGAACCCUAGUGAUUGGAAUUUGUUUCAGCUCGUUUCAACUUUACAAUCGAAACAACCAUUCGGCUUGAGAUAUUCGGUAGUUUCUAUUUUUUUCUUAAUGUACUUUCUGAGUUUGACCAGCAUAAACCCUGCUGAGGUUCAAUGCUGAAGGCAGCAUGCAGAUGAUAGCUGGGAGACAUGCAAAGGUAUCAUGCUGCCAGCUGCACUAGUGCAGUCAAUAACACUGCCAUUGGAGGAUCUGCUAGGGAUGUUUCCCGAGCUGAGUCAUCUUCCAUUCCGUCAAACUUUUCUUUGAAUUCUAGGCGACCGUUACCUUUAACUCCAUAUAAACUGAGGUGUGAUAAAGAACCAUUGAAUUCCAGACUCGGGCUGCCUGACUUUCACCUCCAGACUCCUACUUGUCCUGAGGAGACGUUGACCAGGGACUAUGUGCAGUCUGGUUAUAGGGAGACGGUUGAAGGGAUUGAGGAAAAUAGAGAGACUUCAUUAUCACAAAUUCAGACUUUUACAAAGCCAGUCAUCCUCAAGUGCAAGGAGUCAAUAAGAAAAUGUCACAGGGCUAUUAAUGAGUCCCGUGCACAAAAACGAAAGGCGGGCCAAGUUUAUGGUGUGCCUCUUUCAGGUUCACUUUUAAGUAAACCUGGCCCCUUUCCUGAGCAAAAACCAUGUGGUGAAGAGUUUCGAAAGAAAUGGAUUGAGGGAUUAUCUCAACCGCAUAAAAGAUUGUGUUCUUUGGCUGAUCAUGUUCCUCAUGGUUACCGGAGGAAAUCUCUUCUUGAAGUUCUCAUUAGGAAUAAUGUUCCACUACUCAGAGCUACUUGGUUUGUGAAAGUGACUUAUCUUAAUCAGGUACGGCCUGGCUCUUCCAAUUUGUCUGGUGGUGUGCCUGACAAAACGCAGUUUUCCCGAUCAGAGCAGUGGACAAAAGAUAUCAUAGAUUACCUCCAGGCGCUCUUGGAUGAGUUUGUUUCGAAAAAUAAUUUUCAUUCCACUCUGCAUAUUAGGGAUCGAUCACCACAAAUGGUUUAUCCUGGGACCCUACAACAUCGAAAUGAUGCUGCUUCUACUUCUACUGAUGCUGAUGAGCCUUCUUUGCAUUUUAAGUGGUGGUAUGUGGUUAGGCUCUUACAAUGGCACCAUGCAGAAGGACUGAUUGUUCCAUCUCUCAUUAUUGAUUGGGUUUUUAAUCAACUGCAGGAAAAAGAGCGUCUUGGGAUUUUGCAGUUGUUACUGCCUGUAAUAUAUGGUGUAAUCGAAGCCGUCGUAUUAUGUCAGACCUACGUGCGAACUCUGGUUGGCAUAGCUAUGCGUUUUAUUCAAGAACCUUCUCCUGGUGGGUCUGAUCUUGUAGAUAAUUCCCGAAGGGCUUAUACCAUGUCUGCUCUUGUUGAGAUGCUUCAUUAUUUGAUAAUUGCUGUUCCUGAUACUUUUGUUGCUUUGGAUUGCUUUCCCUUACCAUUGUGUUUGGUAACUAAUGUGGUCAAUGAUGGGAGUUUUUUGUUGAAGAUAGCUGAAGAUGAAAGCAACAUGAAAACUGGUCCCCUUGAAGUAGCCUGCUUGCAGAGAGACAAGGGUGUUGAGGUUCACCCUGACUCUUUGACCAUAAACUGUAUUGUUUCAUCUAUUCAGAAACGUGCAGAAAACCUUGCAAAGGCUGCCAGACCGGGACAUCCAAGUCAAAAUGUAGCUAAAGCUUUACUGGCAUUAGAUAAAUCUCUUAUUCACGGAGAUGUGUCAGUGGCAUAUAAACUUCUUUUUGAAAAUCUUUGUGAUGGAGCUGUUGAUGAACGUUGGAUUGCUGAAGUGAGUUUGUGUCUACGGUCAUCGCUCAAGUAUAUUGGAGCAGUGACCUUGUCAUUUAUUUCCUCUAUCUUUUUCAUUUGUGAGUGGGCAACUUGUGAUUUUAGGGAUUUUCGCACUGGCCCACCAUCAGGCCAGAAGUUCACUGGGAGAAAAGACCUCUCUCAGAUAUAUAUUGCUAUACGGAUUUUGCAGCUCAAGAGGAGAGAGAUGCAAAGCUUGUCUCAGGGCAAGAACGAGAGUAGCCUUGCUCCUGAUACUCUAGCCAAAGAUCCUGAUUUGCAGAAUAAUUAUCCAGGCAGGUUUCCUGUUGGCAAUGCUUGUGAACAAAAUAAAUACAGUUUAAAGAGUGGGAAAACUAGACAUUUGUCAAAUAUUUUUGAAAGCCCGAGCCCUUUACAUGACAUUAUUGUCUGCUGGAUUGAUCAACAUGAAGUACACAGUGGAGAAGGCGUCAAGCGGCUUCAACUACUCAUAAUGGAACUUGUGAGGGCUGGUAUCUUCUAUCCCCAGGCUUAUGUGAGGCAAUUAAUUGUUAGUGGAAUCAUGGAUGGGAAUGGGAUUUCAGUUGACCUGGAGAGACGGAAGAGACAUCAUAGAAUUUUGAAGCAGCUUCCUAGUUCCUAUGUACAUGAUGCUCUCGAAGAAGCACAGGUUCUUGAAGGAGCAAUGCUUUUGGAGGUGAUUAAUACAUAUGCAAAUGAGCGUCGCUUGGUACUUCGUGGCCUGCUUGAUUGCCAUAAGAGUUCUGGCAGCUCUUGGCAGAAACAAAAGCAUUAUUAUAACUCAGGAGGUGGCAGUGCAUCUCCUUCUUCUGUUGAUCAGUGGAGAUCUCUUCAGGGGAUAUCCAGUUUAACUACCAAAAAUGUUGAUCAAGUUGUUGAGCUUGAAGAUCUAAAGGCUUCAAUAGUAAUGUUGCUGCAGCUUCCUAGUUCAUCACUGUCAAGUGACAGUGGACUAGAAAAUUUUGUUGGGGGUUUUAAGAGAUCUACGGGAUCUUCUAUUACCAAGAUCGAUAUUGGUGAAGGAACACCUGGAUGUGAAGAGUGUAGAAGGGUGAAGAGACAAAAGUUGAGUGAAGAUAGGAGCUCAUACCCACAGGGAUUUUUAUCCAAUGCAUUGGAUGAUGAAGAUAUAUGGUGGCUGAGGAGGGGCCCGAAGUCUCUCGACAAAAUGGAUCCACCUCCUAAGCAAGCCAAGCAAUCUGGAAGGGGGAGGCAAAAGGGUGUUCGUAAAACACAAAGCCUUGCACAGUUAGCAGCUGCUAGAAUUGAAGGUAGCCAAGGGGCUUCCACAAGUCAUGUUUGUGAUAAUAGGGUGAACUGCCCACACCAUAGAACUGGUGUUGAAGGUGAUGCUCCAAAAUCUGGGGAUGGGAUCAGAAUGGCAUAUGGUAGUGACAUUGUUUCAAUUGGAAAAGUUCUGAAAAAGAUGCGACUUGUGGAGAAGAGAACUGUGAUGUUAUGGUUGAUAAGUGUUGUAAAGCAUCUUGUUGAAGAAGCUGAAAAGACUGCAGCAAAAGUUGGUCAAUAUGGCAGACCAUAUUCUGCUGUUGAUGAUGCAAACUCUGUGCGAUGGAAGCUUGGUGAAGAUGAAUUAUCUAUGAUUUUGUAUCUGAUGGAUGUUUCUAAUGAAUUAGUAUCUGCUGCCAGGUUUCUUCUCUGGUUGCUGCCAAAAGCUCUUAGCAGCCCUGCUGCUUCCAUCCACGCUGGUCGGAACAUCUUAAUGCUUCCAAGAAAUACGGAGAAUGUUGUUUGUGAAGUCGGGGAGGCAUUUCUUGUAUCAUCUAUUAGGAGGUAUGAAAAUAUAAUCGUAGCCGCAGAUCUUGUUCCUGAAACCUUGAAAGCUGCAAUGCAUCGAGUUGCAGCCACAAUGGCCUCUACCGGAAGGGUUUCAGGUUCUUCAGCUUUGGUUUAUGCAAGAAAUUUGGUGAAGAAGUACGGAAACGUGGCUAGUGUUGUUGAUUGGGAGAAAAACCUUAAAUCAUCUUAUGAUAAAAGACUCAUUUCUGAGCUUGAAUCUGGAAGAUUGCCUGAUGCGGAGUUUGGCUUCCCACUUGGAGUUCCUGCAGGAGUUGAAGAUCUUGAUGAUUUUUUCCGUCACAAGAUAAGUGGUGUACGGGUGUCCAGAGUUGCUUUGACAAUGAGAGAUAUAGUACAAAGGCAAGUUGAUGAAGUUUUUCAGUACUUUUGUGGCAAAGAAAGAAAGCUUUUUGGGCCUGGUACAGUAAAAAGCCCUGUCUUGGAAAACUUGGAUGAUGGUUAUCAAAUAGCUCAACAAAUAGUAAUGGGAUUAAUGGAGUGCAUGAGGCAAACUGGUGGUGCUGCUCAGGAAGGUGAUCCUACUUUGGUAUCCUCUGCUAUUUCUGCAAUUGUCAGUAAUGUUGGACUGGUUAUUGCUAAAAUUCCUGACUUAACUGCUGGCAAUCACCUAAAUUUCCAGUCCACAUCCAGUUCAAUGCAUUUUGCUCGACGCAUUUUACGCAUCCAUACAACUUGCUUGUGCCUGCUGAAGGAUGCACUUGGUGAGCGUCAGAGUCGUGUCUUUGAGGUUGCUCUUGCAGUUGAAGCUUCUACUGCCCUUGCUCAAGUGUUUGUGCCAGGAAAGGCUCCUCGCACUCAAUUUCAUCCAUCUCCUGAAUCCCAUGAUUCUAGUUCAAACUCCUAUGAAACCUUGAAUAGUUCUGUUAAAAGUGUACUUGGACGAGGGGCAAAAAUUGCUGGAGCUAUUUCUGCACUUCUUGUUGGGGCACUUCUUCAGGGAGUUACUAGCCUUGAGAGAAUGGUUACUCUCUUCAGAUUAAGGGAAGGGCUUGAUCCAAUUCACUUUUUCAGGAGUUUGAAAUCCAACUCAAACGGGAGUGCUCGUUCCAUUGGGGCUCCGAAGCUGGAUAAUUUGGUUGAAGUUUCCACCCACUGGUUUCGAGUGCUUGUAGGUAAUUGCAGAACUGUUUCUGAUGGAUUUAUUGUGGAGCUCUUGGGUGAAGCGUCAGUUGUAGGUCUCUCUAGAAUGCAGAGAGCACUUCCUCUGAACUUGGUCUUUCCGCCUGCCUAUUCUAUAUUUGCAUUUGUCAUAUGGAAAGGAUUAAUUUUUAAUACUGGUGUUGGCUUGCGUGAUGACCUCCAACAAUUGUAUCAGUCCUUAGCAUUGGCGAUAGGUGAUGCAUUAAAGCACCUUCCGUUCCGUGAUGUGUGCCUGCGAGACACUCAUGGCCUUUAUGAUCUCAUAGCUGCAGAUGCCAUUGAUUCUGAGUUUGCAGCCUUACUGGAAUCACAUAGUGCAGACGUUCUUUACAAAUCCAUGGCCUUUGUUCCUCUCAGGGCACGGCUUUUCUUAAAUGCCCUUAUUGACUGUAGAAUGCCACAGUCAUUGCUUAAACCAGAGGACGGUAAUAGGAUGCAAGGGCAAGGUGGCCUAAAGAACUAUUAUCAGGAGAAGGAUGCAAAUUUCAGAGAUAAGCUUGUGCAUGUUUUGGAUACAUUACAACCUGCAAAAUUUCACUGGCAGUGGGUUGAGCUUAGGCUUCUUUUGAAUGAACAAACAGUCAUUGAUAAACUGAAAAAUGAAGCCCCUUUGGCUGAGGCUAUUAAAUCAGUUUCACCAAAUGCUGACAAGGUUGCAGUUUCUGAGAAAGAGAGCAGCUUUGUUGAACUCGUUGUAAUGAGGUUACUUGCCAGACCAGAUGCUGCUUCACUCUUUUCUGAGGUUGUGCACCUUUUUGGAAGGUCACUUGAGGACCAAAUGCUAAUGCAAACUAAAUGGCUUCUUGGGGGCACUGAUGUUCUUUAUGGAAGGAAAUCAAUUCGGCAACGGCUUAUCAUUAAUGCUGAAAAAGAACAUCUAUCAACUAAACUGCAGUUCUGGAAGCCAUGGGGGUGGUGUGAUUCAAACUCUGAUUCGCGGAAAACAAGGGGAAGCAAGAGGAAGUUUGAAGUCGCCUCUCUUGAAGAAGGUGAGGUGGUUGAUGAAGGUUCAGAUGUGAGAUUUCCUGGAAGAGGAUCCACUCAAGUUGUGGAUGUUGAAGGUUUCUUGGUGAGUCAGCAGCAUGUGACAGAGAGAGCAUUUAUUGAAUUAGUUCUCCCUUGUGUGGAUCAAGGCUCUGAUGCCUCAAGAAACACCUUUGCAAACGACAUGAUCAAACAGAUGAAUAACAUUGAGCAGCAGAUAAAUGUACUUUCUCAUGGAGCAGCUAAAUCUGUUGGAUCAGUUGCAUCUGGAGCAGAAAGCCCAGCAAGCAAGGGCAAUAGCCGAAAAGGUAUGAGAGGUGGGAGUCCUGGAUUAUCCAAUUCCAGACGACCUGCGGGACCAGCUGAUGGAGUACCAUCUUCCCCUGCGGGGUUGCGAGCUUCCAUGUCAUUGCGCUUGCAGUUUCUCCUAAGACUACUUCCUACUAUGUGCACUGAUGGGGAGCCAGGAAAGAGUAUGAGACAGAUGCUUGCUGCGGUUAUAUUACGCCUUCUAGGAUGUAGAGUUGUCCAUGAAGCUGCAGGCCAUACCACAAGUUCAACUUUGAAUUUAUCCAAGAGAGAUGUCGAGUCGCUUACAGAGGCUUCUGCUACAUCUGUACUUUUAUCUGGGGAAAGUCUUUUCGAUUGUUUGUUAUUGCUGCUACAUGGACUGCUGAGCAGCUAUCGACCUAGCUGGCUGAAGUUGAAAUCUAACUCCAAGUCCGCCUCCGAGUGCGGCAAGGACUUUAGUGUUUUUGGUCGUGAGGUGGCGGAGAAUCUGCAGAAUGAUCUGAACCGCAUGCAUAUGCCGGACCAUAUCCGGUGGCGCAUUCAAACUGCAAUGCCAAUUCUUCUUCCAUCUGUUCGGUGCUCAAUCUCUUGUCAACCUCCAUCUAUAUCACCGGCUUCGAUUGCUGCUCUCCAGUCCAGCAAUCAGAUAUCAGUUUUACAGCCUCACAAUUCAAUCCUAUCCCAGAGAAAUCCAGUUUCUUUGGUUCGAACUGUCGCUAAUAUGGCAGGGAAGGCUAAGCAACUGCCACUGCAAGAUCUGGACUUGGAAAUUGACCCUUGGACGCUAUUGGAGGAUGGAACGGGUGUGCAAUCUUCGAGUAACUCUGCUGCUAUUGGUGGUAGUGACCAUGCUAAUUUGAGAGCAUCAAACUGGCUCAAGGGGGCCAUUAGGGUGAGGAGGACUGACCUCACCUACAUUGGUGCAAUAGACGAGGACAGCUGAUAUGAGUAGUACUUCAAUUUUGAAUUCAUAUACAAAGGGAGCACCCAGCAGGAAAGCGUCCUCGCUCAUCCGUGACGGGAAAGUGGCCAUCGGGGUUGCUCUAAUUGCCUUUGGCAGCAAAGGCAUCUGCUUAAAGGCACAUUCUUUUUGGGUGCACGGGGUUCUGACUGGGUCACGUGGAGUCAUGGACGACAUUCUUUGGCGGCCUGUCCAUUUUACCUCGCAGCCCUGAUUGACAACUAACCCUUUGAUCACUCCCUUCUGGACAGCACAAUUCUUGGCGCAGUUCAGAACUUGUUGUACAUAUAGGGAUAACUACUUCCCCCUUUUGGGAUGAGUAGAAUGUCUCAGAAAUGAUUUUCUGCUCUUUCAUGCUCAGCGCUUGUUGUUACAUCUUGCAAAUUGAGUAAAGUAUCUUAAGAAUGUUGUAGCUUUUCUAUUUUCUCUCUCUCUCUCUCAUGCUUUGCCUGUCAUUUUUGGUAAAAAUGUUACUUGUUUCUGAUUUUGCAGAUUUUGCAUGAAGCCUGGCCAAGUAACAAAAGUUUCGGGUUUACUUUCCGAUUUCCUUGUUUUUACAUGCGAACAGUAUUAGCGCAUAUUUGUAACAAAGACUUCUUUAGUUUAGGAUUUGUAACAGCCUGGCAUCACAAACUAGACGUAUUGAUACAAUUGUCUUAACAAUUUUGGCUAGUUUUUCUUAAGGUCUAUUCUCCGACCGGCUGCUCAAGCCAGGUCAAAUGUA